AUGUCUGAAGGCCUCUCCAUCCUAAAUCCCUGGCCCAAGAGGCUCCCUGGUCCGAGUCUACUACACCAACUUGUGCCAUGGGAAGCCGAGGACGAUCGAAAUGCCAUUGAAUUCCUCUCAUCCGACGGUCACGUGCAUUCUCUGACAUAUCAACAACUGCACCGCCGUGCCAAUGCUUUGGCGAGAACCCUUCAAUCCCUGUCCCGGACGAGGGGGCCAUCAACCCCGGCGCACUUCGUUGCCCCCAUUUUCCUGCCGCAAUCGCUGGAUUUAUAUGUUGCAGAGUUGGCAGCUCUCAAGGCCGGGGCUGCCUUCUGCCCAAUCUCCAUCGAUGUUCCCGAAGAGCGCCUUCGCUUCAUCCUUCGAGACGUGAGCGCAUCCGUUCUGUUGACGACGUCUGCCUUGAGACCACGCUUGCCUGACCUGGAAGACAUCGAGGUGGUGCUAGUAGACGAUGAAAAUUGCCAAGACGUCGACAAUGAGCCAUCACUCACCAUCGAACCAUCUCGAGCCGCCUAUGUACUCUAUACCUCCGGAUCGACAGGCCAGCCCAAAGGAGUCAUCGUCUCUCAUCAGGCCGUCACUCAAGCAUUGCUUGCUCACGACCGCCACGUACCACCCUUCGCUCGCUUUCUGCAAUUUGCCAGCCCGACUUUCGAUGUGUCGGUCUUCGAGAUCUUCUUUCCGCUCUUCCGACGCUGCACCAUUGUCUCUGGCGAUCGUCGAAGAAUGCUGAACGACCUACCAGCAUUCAUGAUUGCAAUGGACAUAGAUGCAGCAGAGUUGACUCCAUCAGUCACGAGCAGUCUGAUCCGUAGUAGAGACCGCGUGCCAUCUCUGAAGACGCUUCUCACCAUCGGGGAGAUGCUCAAGCGCGAAGUGAUCGAAGAGUUUGGUGGAAAUGCUGACCGCAAAGCCAUCCUUAACGCCAUGUAUGGCCCAACUGGUUAG